AUGUACUCUGCCGCUGAAGAAUCAAAGCUGGUAAAAAAUACAUAUUCUUCCUCACACAACUGGUCAUACCGUAACCCAUGGUUUCAUACCAGUUGCAAAGAUGCCAAGAAAGAAUAUCGCAAAGCUCUACGCCUCUGUAAAAAGGGAAAUUUUACCAGCAAACUCAGACAAGAUGCUGUGCUCUGUAAAAGCCGGUACAGAGAACUGUGCCGAGUUAAAAGGAAGGACUAUAUACAAGCCCCAAGCAAACUACGCUCUCUGAAAUUCCCCCCGCUGGCUGGAACGACUUCUACACCUCAAUAUACAAGCCGAGAAUUACAUCACCAUUUUUGCCUAAUACAAUACACCAAUGAAUCUCUGGAUGCUGAAAUCUCGCUCUAUGAGCUCGACUCGGUUCUCUCUUUGCUAAAACCAGGCAAGGCAGCCGGUCCCGAUAUCCUCCCAAACGAACUCUAUAAGGCCCUCACAGGUCAGCACAAAGAAAUGUUGAGAACCUUAUUCAACAAGGAGGGUGUCUUACCAGACUGCCAACUAGGUUUCCGGAAAGGACGCAGUUGCACAGACGCCAUUUUCACCUUGCUCAGCGCCAUCCAAAUACAGUUCCGGCAUAAUGACGGCAGAGAAAUAUACGGAAUAUUUGUUGAUUUUCAAAGAGCACUCGACUCUGUGCCUCAUGCUCGCCUCUGGGAAAAAUUACAGACCGUAAAAAUUGGCUCCAAGUUCAUCUCAAUAAUUAAAUCCCUGUACGAUCAGGCAACAAUGCAAGGCUACUCAAAUGAAUUUGAAGUCUCUGAGGGCGUUCUGCAGGGAGAAUCUUUAAGCCCGGACCUUUUUCUCCUAUACUUGUACGACAUCAAGCAGUUUUUUCGAGGCAAAGGCCUUUAUGGACUUGACAUCAACGGGAUUACAGAUAUUCUUCUUCUCUUAUACGCUGACGAUACUGUAAUAUUUGCACACUCGCACAUAGACUUGCGGCGAAAACUGAAAGCACUUGAGCAAUAUUGUGACCUGAAUGGAUUAACCGUCAAUCAAUCUAAAACUAAAAUUCUGGUCUUUAAAGCUGCAGGCAGAAUUAAGGAAUGUCCCAACCACUUCAGAACUUAUAAACAAACCUGCCUGGAAUUGGUUAAGAACUACACUUACCUGGGAAUCAAUGUCUCUACAUCUGCUAAAGGUCUAACAGCACUGAAAACAGCUCUGAACAAAGCAAAAUGCGCCUCAGGAGCGUCUCUAUCGCUUCUAGCCAGGGCUAAAUGUGAUUCUUGGGACGCCUAUAAUAAGAUAUUUGACAGUAUGGUGGCCUCGGUCUUCCUAUACGCUUUCCCGGCCUGGGGACUGUGGUACAGAAACUCACUGGAGCCUGUGCAAACACUCUUUUUUAAGAAAUUGUUUAAUCUACCCAGAAAUACUCCAGACUGGGCAGUACGUCUGGAAUUUGGACUCAAACCUGUGGCCGUGAGAGCCUUGUCCUGUGUCUUAAGAUGGACGAUAAAAACUUUAAAGGCCAACGACGAGUGUCUGCACAAAAUUUACCUCCUGCGCCUAUACCAUUUAGCUCAAAAAACCACGACGGCUUCACCUUACAACUGGGUUUCCCAACUCAGAGAACUUUUAACAGAGUGUGGUGAGGCGCAUCUUCUAGACUCCCUGGACCCGCUUUGCUGGGAAAUAAGAAUGAAUGCCAUCCUAGAAAGCUAUUCUGCAAUUUGUCGAAGCAAAGACGUCAGUGAUGCAGAACGCUCCAAAUCACUUGAGCUUUACACACCAUCCUUGGUUCGUCACUCUCCAGCUAACUAUCUCCUGCUAAACAUUCCGUUUGCUUCCAAACGAAUCAUUGUUCAGAUAAGACUUUCAAAUAAACACAAUUGUUUUCUCAACACUGGCAAAAACCUAGUCAGAUUCAACCCCAGUUCCUUCUGCCAACUCUGCAAUUCUCCAGUCCCUGAUACAAUAGAGCAUCUUCUUGUCACAUGUCCAAUGUUCACCGGCCUCAGGAACCACUAUCUGCUAGAACCUCUACAAGAACAUGGAAAUAUUACUGAAAUCCUUAAACGAAUAAACCCAUUUCACAAGCACUUGAAAUAG